GGUGAUCACUAAGCUCCCGAAUGGCUUGUAUGCUGCCAAUCUACAAGGUGCUCUAUCCUUUGACUUUCAGGAUGACAACUGUUUUCCACUUAGAAAGUGCCUACCCGCAUAGCUGGUGAAGAACGCUACUGCUCCGUCGCCUCCGAAAACGUCUUUGAUACGAAAGACUGGCAGAGCCAAUCCAAGCCGACAGGUUUCAUCGGUAACUAGCCGCCAGCCACAAUCGAGGAUCUUGUCGAAGAUGUCAAUGAGACCGAGUCCUGUAUCGAGGCUUGCCCUAACUGCGCCAAAUGCGACGGAGAAAAAGAAGAACAAGAACAUGGGGAGGAGGAGGAGGAGCAGGAAGGUAAAUACUGUAUGUGUGGGUACAGUGCAUGGGCAAAAUACCUACAUGGCUUCUGGCUGUCUCACCUACUACUCCAGGAUGUCGGUCUUCGCCGCCAUAAUGUUUUCGCGCGCAAGGUAAUCUUCGACCAUACUACUUCAGGAGCGUAUGUAGGCCGGAUCAUACCAGCCAAAGACGAUGAGACUUUAGCUCACGGACGAGAUACUUACUACACCGGAAUCGCGAUCGGUAAACCGAAAGUAGGGCGAACUCAGACACAGGCCGCGGCUUGGUUAGACGGUCUUCAUACCGGCUCAAUAAUCCGCUUCAUCAACUACUCUUGCAAUCCGAAUACGGAAUUCCGAGCGAUGGUAUGUUCUUCGGAGCGUCGAGCCGUUUAUAUCGUCACGAAACGAGUCAUCGAUAUUGGCGAAGAGCUGACACGGGACUACGGUCUCGAGUGGUUCAAUGGCGACCAAUACUGUCUUUGUAAGACUGUUGACUGCAGAUACCCACGCAGGAAAUCUGAAAAUUUCGAUGUAUCCGAGGUAAACAUCAGUGGAGAUGAGACCGCUGAUGAAGGUGGGGACGAUGAUGCUCCAGAAGAUGCCUUGACCGCCUCAGAUGAUAGCGCAAGUUCUAGCGAAGGAUCGGAUAAGUAUACCCACAGUCCCGGGUUUUCGGUAGCUACACGCGUUCGUUGAUCUAUAUAGAAAGAAUGAGAUGUCCGCGUUCAACCUGCCGACGAACCCUCCCUUCGUUGAUCAAAAGUGGGUCAGCAAUAUUCCCUUCCAGCAGAGCCUCGACCGUAGCUAACUAGUUAGACGUCCUGCGUCU